AUGGGUGACUGUCCCGUUUGUGGUGGCUCAGGAAAGCAAUCUGGCACCAAAUUCGACUGCAGCCUAUGCAACGGGUCUGGGAAAACGGAAAGGAUCAUAAUGGUCACGUAUGACAGAGCCACCCCAUAUCGCGCGAGCGGCUGCCCGCUCAGCCAUCCCACUGUACUCGACAAUCCUUAG